AUGGGACAUGCCUAUUUCUGGGAAAUUAUCAGAAUAGCUUAAAAAGAGCUCAAAAUCAUAUUUAUAACAUAUUUUGAAGAUUUUAUAGUAAUCAAAGUAACAAUUAUAUUUCUUAUUACAAGAUUAUAUUUAGAAUUUAAUUAAAAGUAUAAACCUUACAAACUUAAUACUUUGAAUCGUUUAGAUUAGAAAUCUACAAAUAUUUGUUUAGUUUCAAUUAUUUUAGCUAUUGGUUUAUAUGUUGCAUAACAGUCAAAUUCCCUUGAAGUUCAAAUUCCUUAUUAAAUCAUAAUUAUAAUUAUUAAUCUUCAUAUUAAUUACUUAUUAAUAUCCAAAAUAGUAGUAGAAUAUUUAAAUGAAAAAACUAGUAAUUAUUAGGAUGCACUUGAUUAGUUUAGAUUUGCUAUCAGAAAAAAUUUCCCAUUUCUUAAUAAGAUAAGAUUUCUGAGUAGAAUAUUAGCUGAUAGAAAAUAGUUAAAAAUUCGAAGUAAUAGUCUCUAUGUAAAAUUGAAACACUUUUUAAUCCCAAAAGCAAAAGAAAUUUUAAUUUUAAAAAAAUAAUAAUAUUUAAUUACCAUUGAAAGAAACUAAUAGCUUAAUAUUGUUAAUAGAUUGAAUUUCUUUAUUAUAUCAUAAGUUUUUAUAAUGAAAGAAACUACUUUAUUAUGCUUAUAUUAUUAUGGUAGCUUCUUUUUUGAAAGAUACAAACUUCAAGCCCUUUGGAUUUGA